GAGUAGACGAAUGAAAACUCUUCCUGCCGAGAGUGGGGUGGCGCGCCCAGAAAGAGCGAUCGUCCUCCUUCGCUUUUUAGGGUGCCCGGAGGAGGGGUGCAAGGAAGGAUGGAACAAACUCAGUUGCUGGAGUGGGAUGGAGAAGGCGACUCCACGGAUGGGUCUGAUGCUGCUGCAAGGGAGACCCCUAAGGCGGUGGGGCGCCUGCAUCUGCUGAGCAGCAAGUACGGCCCUGAGAAAGAUUUCUGGAUCUACCCUGGCGAGAACACCAUUGGUCGCUUGGAAAGCUGUCAUGUCUGCUUGCCUGCUAAUUCUGUUUCCAAAACGCACGCGGUGAUCGAGGUGCCCUCCUCCCACGGGCCCCACCUUUUGUAUGAUCAGGGCAGCUUGAACCGGACUCGGCGCCAGAGGAUGAACUUGGUCCCGCAGGUCCGGUACAGCCUCCAGGAUGGGGACACCUUGCUCUUUGGGGACGUGGGAUGCCAGUACUUCAUCCUGGUCCCGGAUACCGAUUAUGACUCCCACGACGACUCCAUGGCGGUGCCGCCGACCCAGGGAAGAGUGGAGGCCAGUGCGCUGGCCAUUGAGGAAACGCCUGCGCCGGGCAGGAGAAUAGGCUUUGGGCAAGUUUUGGUCCAGGAUUCUGACAAGGAAGAGGAAGGGGAGGAAGUGAUGAAUGGGACAGGAAGCUACCUGCACCACACAUCAAAAGAUGAGUCCGAUUGCUCUAACAAAAAUGGCUCAGGAGAAGGACAAGCGAGUUUGGCUUCCUUUGGUGUCUCCUCUCCUUCAGCUACUGUGGUGCCUGAAAGUGAUGAUGAAACUGGAGACCCUUCGGUUGAUGGCCCACUCUGCCCUGCUCUGCGCCUUUCCUUUGAGAGCCAGGAGGCUGAGCGGAGCCCCGCAGAGAAUGGUGGUAGUCCUUCCUCCAACAGAGAAGACCGUGGAGAAUCCACAGCUGCAGAACAUGGCCUGGUGGAAGGCUUUCGUUUGGACAGCGAUACAGAUGUAGAGGAUGAAAACCAAAUGGGUGGCAUCUCUGAAGCGCCAGCAUCAUUAGACCCGGAAAAAAGGGAUAGGGGCCCAGAAGUGGACCCUGACACUGAUCUGAAUGAGUCUUCAGUGGUGGCUCCAGUUGUCCGUUGUCCCCAAACCUCAAUGGAGCUGGGCAGUGAUACGGAUGCGGAGGAGACCGUGGAAAGCCCAGCUGUCUUCAGAUUAAAGCUCCCCUCUACUUCUAUGGAAAAAGAAGAGGAUGACACCGAUGUGGAAGCAGAAGUGGAAAAUCCAAGCGUUGUUUGUCCAGGAAAACAUGAGCCUGUUCCCCCAAAAGAAGGUGACUGCAAACAGUUGGAAGACAAUGUAGACAACGUCCAACUUGGCGGGAAAAAGGAUGAGGACACAGAUGUGGAGGAAGAUUUGGAUAAUCCAGAAAGCAGUGUGAAUGCCCUGCCUCCCACUGCCCAUGAAGAUGUUGACACAGAUGUAGAAGAUUCAUCUGUCAAGGGAAAGACUCUAAGUAGGACCAAGAAUCGUGUAGUUGGUGGACACAGUGACAGUGAAGAUGUUGACACUGAUGUGGAAGAUUCAUCUGCCAAAGGAAAGACUCUAAGUAGGACCAAGAACCGUGUAGUUGGUGGACACAGUGACAGUGAAGAUGUUGACACAGAUGUGGAAGACUCAUCUGCCAAGGGAAAGACUCUAAGUAGGACCAAGAACCGUGUAGUUGGUGGACACAGUAAUGGUGAUGAUACCAAGGAGGAAGCGAUUAAACCCCAGCUGGAGAACUCAGAAGAUACUUCUCCUCAGAGGACCUGUUCUUCAAGUGGUAAGGAGAGCAGCACAGACAUGAAAGAUGUUCCCCUCAAGAGGAUUAUACCAGCAGGUCAUAGUGUCGGUGAGAGACACGGUGAUGUGGUUGGGUUGACAAAAAAUCCUAAUGUUGAACUCGAGAUGAGUUAUGCAGUUGGUGACCAAUCUCCUAGGGACUUCGACAAGAAGGAGAUCUCGUCAAAUGCUAUGCAACACAACCUUCCCAUGCUCCUUCUAGGUAGUGAUACAGAUGGGGAAGAGGAGGCAGGUAAUCCAGAUGUGGAAUCAAUGAAGAGCCAACACAUCUCCGGUGCAGAGCCCAGCAAAGGAAGUAGAGUGAGCCGUUUGGGGGAUCCGGAUAUUGGAUCUCUGGAAAAACCUUCACCUGGACAAGACAAGGACAGUGAUACUGAUGCGGAAGUGACAUCCAUGGGUCGUGAUAAAUCCACGGCUCAAGACAGCGAUACAGACGCGGAAGACGUUGCUCCAUCUUUACUAAGAAAGCCCCUAGAAGAGAAAAGCGCUCAGAUAAUAAUCCCAGGGAGAUCCCAGGCGGGAGGAGAACACUCUUCCACAGUGGGAAUUGGAGUGUCCUUCAAAUCUCGUGAAGACAACGAAGAUAAGGAUGCAGAGAGAGAGGAAUCCUAUUCAGCAGACGAGAGCAAUACCGAUGAUGAGCUUGAUGUGUCCUUGCAAGCUACACAGUGUUACCUGCCGACUGCAACCAUACCAUCUGGACCUGAAAAAGCUGGCGGUAUCCCAGCUACAGUAUCUGAUUCCGAUUGUGCUCUAGAAGAGGAGCCCACUCAGGCAUUUGACUUCAGUCCACCCUUUUUACCCACCAAACGUCAAUUCAGGAAUGUGACCAGCUCACCUUUGAAAGACAACAGUUCUGACCAGGAAGAUGACAUGCUGGAAGCUACCCAGCCAUAUUGUGAGGAGCCCCAGCAAGUCUCAGCAGAGCCCUGCGACAAAAAGAAGCUGGAUCCAGAACGGAUUGUCCAGAACCAACCCGAAGGGGACAAAUGUUUUGAGCAGGUGCCUCAACCUGACUUCCCAGCUGCAACCUCUCCAGGAAAAGAAAGCACCUCCAGUCUUUCAGGAGACAACCCUCCGCCUCAGGCUGUGGAGUUGCCUGCUAUGCAGUCCCCCUUGCAGACAUCAGAGGGCGCCCCUGAAGAGGAAACUCAGCCUCUCGGUUCUGUGCAAAUUCCCCUUGUGGUCAGCAAGGGGUCCUUCACUUCACAGGAAGAGAAGAGGGAGGAGGUCCCGGAAAGUGGAAGCCCUUCUUCAGAGGUGGUGGUGCCAAGACAGAGUGAGGCAACUCCUGUGGAUGACCGAGUGGAAGAAAACUCGGAAUUAGUAAGAAAAACAAAGAACUCUAAGAAGGUGUUGGUGCCAGCCCAGGAGGAUCCAGCUUCAGCAACAACCCCUGCCCGUGAGUUGCGGCGCAGUCUACGAUCUUCAACCACUUCCGCUUCACCCACUCCGGUCCCAGAAAGACGAAGCCUCCGCUGUCACGGAUCUGGGGCCGUGGUUGCAUCCAGCACCCCGGCUGCCCCAGAGAGCAGGCGUAGGGGGCUGCGGCAGCUCAGCAACGCAAGUCAGCAAAUGAGGGAAGUGAAGGAGAGGCCAGAACAGCCCGGAGAAGAGGGGCCCAGGAAGAAGGCCAGGAAUGGAGACCUGAACGCUGCUCCUGUCCCUCAAGGUCGAACGAGGGGCACCCAGAGGGCAUCCAGGGCUGCCAGCAAAGUUACAGAAGUAGCAAAAGCCAUCUCUGGCAGCAGCCCUGGGGCCAGGGAACCCACAAAACGGGUCCGGAGGGCUCCGGCUCCCAACCCUAGGCUAGAAGGGCAGACGGAGCAUCCAAGGACUCGGGCCAGCAAGCAUUCCAGCAGCAGCAGCAGCACUUCCGUGAGCACCCCAAGCCCAAAGGAUUCUGGGAAAGGUGCCAAGCUUGGGCAGGAACUCGUCUUCACUCCAUCUUCAGGAAGGAGGUUGCGGCGUCACAGCCCAGAGAGCAAAGCGACAAGUCAAAAGGCUUCAUCAGGCAGUCGCACCCGGCGCACCACUGGAUCUGGCAGCCCUGCCCCCAAGGUGCUGUUCACAGGUGUGAUUGAUGAGGAAGGAGAGCGUAUAGUGGCCGAGUUGGGGGGUACUCUGGCAGAAUCUGUCUUUGACUGCACUCAUCUUGUGACAGACCGCGUACGUCGCACUGUCAAGUUCUUGUGUGCCCUGGCUCGGGGAAUCCCCAUUGUGACACUUGAUUGGCUGGAGAAGAGCAGACGGAAUGCUUUUUUCCUGGCCCCAAACAACUUCCUCGUUCGGGACCCUGAGCAGGAGGAGAAUUUGCGGUUCAGCCUCUCCAACUCGCUGCAGAAAGCACAGCAGAAAGGAGCCUUGUUCCAGGGCUACGAGAUCCAUGUCACUCCUAACGUGAAGCCAGAACCAGAACACAUGAAAGACAUUGUUAAAUGCAGCGGUGGGACCUUAUUACCAAGAAUGCCGCGGGCCUUUAAGGAGAAGCGUAUUGUAGUGUCGUGCCCCGAGGACCUGUCGCGCUGCAAACCAGCUCAGGAGGCCAGAGUCCCCAUCACCAACGCGGAGUUCAUCCUGACUGGUAUUCUGCAGCAGACGGUGGACUUGGAGGCUCACCGCCUGCAUGGAAGUGUGGGUCUAUCUCCUGCUUCCAGCCCCCUCGUUCCCUCUACCAGAACCAGCAAGAGGCGGGCAGCCACACAGACGGCACCAGCUCCACCCAGCACAGCCAAGAGACGACGCUGAUUCCCCCCCGAAGGGCAGCACUGCCUUAAAAUUGUACAUAUGGGAUUUUGUUUUUGUUUUUUUAUUAUUAUUUUCAGCUGCCAAUAAACGGGGUAUGAAAAGA